AUGGUCCGUCCUCCACCGUCAGAAAACACGGUUUCUCCACCAGCACCAGGUUCAGGUGCAUGGUUCCUCGGUCUAAUACUCGAGAGAACUUGCAUCGCCAUCAUCGUGCCAGUGCCCAGGCCAUAUACGCCAUAUAAACGUCCACUCUUCCUCUACGAAUAUGAUGCCACCGGCACGCUAGAAAGCGGCGAUUUUCGUAGCCUUCCGGUGCGGCAUGAGCACCAUGACAUAUGCCGCCAUCAGAGCGUGAGCGUCAGACUCGGACCAAACGCUGAUCCUUUCUUUUCUGUGGAAUAUAAGCAGGCCAUUGUCAUCCACUGCACACCAGCCGAUCAGAUAGUGGAACAGCAGGAGCGUUGCUCCAAAUACUCACAGCAGGCUAUUGGGUUUGCCAUUUCCACAUACAGCGGGUUCCUUGUUUCUCCAAAACCAUACUCCACUGGAGACACUGUCGUCAAGAUCGCCACCUCAGCUGCCUUCUUCGUGGCCAUCAUUGCUGACUUGGCUUCGUGGAGGAUGAAACCAAGGUGGGGAAGGGCUUUGGUAUAUAUAUCAACGUUCCAUCUGAUGCUGAUGACAUUUGGCAUAUUCAUCUCAUUCGACAAGGACUAUGGAUACCUUAUUCUCUUGGUAUUGCUAAUAAUAAUGAUUGCGGCCACCCUCCAACGCAAAAUAUGGCAUGGAGUGUGGCAACAAAGCAGGGACGACAACACAACAAUCAGUCAAGACCUUGACUUAAUGUUCGACUUGUCGGCCCUUAUCCUCAACUUGGAUAGCAUCAUCACCAUGAUCACUACCAUUAGCGGGCACUUCCCUUCGGGCUUAAGCAAAUACGAAGCAGCCAAGACCACGGGGUUCUUCUUGUUCUCCACCAUCGUCCUAAGCCUGUAUCUGAUGAUGGUGGCAACGGUGAGAACUGUGGCGCUCACUGUCACUUCCAUGUACCUCGAUGUCUUGCUGAUGGUUCUCCUAGUGAGCACACUCAUCUCCACCUCAAUCACAUUUAUAUAUUUUUUGGGCCAACCAUUGUUAGAGGAGGGGGAAGUGCCCACAUGA